CUUUGAUCCUCUGUGCCUUUUCCUCUAUAAGCAGAGGUGUCCAGGAGAUUGUCUGUAGUUGUUGCUCGAGAUUUGGUUGGGCGUGCUAUAUAACAAUGGCCGAGUUGCACAACAGAAAAGCCGAAAAGGCUGUCGAGAAAGACACCACUCCUACCCUGAAAGAGCUCAAGGAUGCAAUUCCCAAAGAAUGCUUCGAGUCCUCGGCCGUCACAUCCCUCUUGUACCUGGCUCGCGACAUCCUGUACUGCGCCAUUCUGACUGUAGCUGCCUUUCAAAUCCACCGUAUUCCCUCAUUACCGCUGCGUAUAAUAGCCUGGGCUACGUACGGUUUCUUCCAAGGUUGUGUCGGCACCGGAAUAUGGAUUCUCUCACACGAGUGCGGCCACGGAGCUUUCUCGCCUAACCAGAGGCUUAAUGACUUUGUGGGUUGGGCCGGGCAUUCGUUCCUGAUGGUGCCCUACUUCUCUUGGAAGAUUACCCAUGCCCGUCACCACCGCUACACCGGUCAUAUGGAGAAGGAUACCGUAUAUGUGCCGUGGACAGACGAGGAUCUAGCAAAGAAGAAAAAUGUGCGGAUUGAACAACUGAAGCAUCUGACUGAGGAAACUCCAAUUGUGUCUCUUCUGCAGUUGAUUGGUCACCAGCUGUUCGGAUGGCAAAUCUAUCUGCUCCUAAAUGCCACCGCAGGCUCCAAAAGUCUGCCCGAAGGAGCAGGAAAGAUGGGACCUGCAAACCAUUUCAACUUUAUGGGGCCACUCUUCACGGGCUCUCAGCGGGUUUCUAUCGCACUGUCUGAUUUGGGGCUGUUGAUCAUGGGCUCCAUUCUGUACUAUGCGUCUACCCAGGUUGGCGUCUGGAAUGUCGUGCUGUUGUACUUCAUCCCUUAUCUCUGGGUUCACCACUGGCUGAUCGCCAUCACGUACCUUCAACAUACCCACCCCGAAGUCCCACACUACACAGCCGAGGCCUGGACCUAUACCAAGGGUGCGCUCGCCACUGUUGACCGCACUAUCGGUUUCAUCGGCCGUCACUUCUUCCACGAGAUCAUCGAUUACCAUGUCGUCCACCAUCUGUUUAGCCGCAUUCCAUUUUACAAGGCCGAGGAAGCAACCAAAGCCAUCCAGCCACUGCUCGGCGAAAAAUACCACGAAUCCAAGGACGAGAGUUUCCUCUAUUCGCUGAUGACGACAUUCCGCAAAUGCAUCUAUGUAUCCGCGAAAGGAAGCUCCCAGCCCGGUGUUCUGCAUUUUGUUAGGGCUGAUGAUAGCAAAUGAGGAGUCUAUGGGUCCCUGGAGGGCUCUAUUGCUCCCAAACGUGAGGCUCUGAGAGCGGGAAGAUUUUGCAAAAAUAGACGAUUUAGAACAUAGAGGUGUACAUUUGGAGUUUAUUGUGUCAUUGCGAUUUAUACCGGCCCACUUGAGGUGGAUGUUUGAGACUUUUGUUUCUAAUCACUUAUAGACGGUCUAAUUUAUGGGCAAUCGGC